AUGCCUAUUGUGGGUGCAAUAGCUUUACAUGUAUCUCUUCUUACAUUUACUCUCCGUGUUCAUCCAGACCGACUUGAUUAUGUGGAUCUAGUACUGGGAUCAUGUGUCAAGAAGCUGUCUGGAAAACCAAAGCUUGAUGACAGUAGAGCAACAAAGCAAGUUGUUGCACUGUUAAGCGCCCCACUUGAUAAAUACAAUGAUGUUGUGACUGCACUGACACUUUCUAAUUAUCCUCAUGUAAUGGAUCAUCUUGAUAACGUGACAAAUAAAGUCAUGGCUCUGGUUAUAAUCCAAAGCAUUAUGAAGAAUAACACUUACAUAUCCACUGCUGAUAAGAUCGACGAGGAAGAUUUCAGAAAUGUUCAAGGUAAAUACAAGUGUAUUAAGAGUCUUAUUGAGUUCUCAGGUGUUUCUCUAUCAACUCCUACACCUAACUUGUGGCCCACUUACGAACUUUUUGACGACAUUAUUCUUAUUUCUGACGGUCAAAUUGUUUACCAAGGACCACGCGAACAUGUUCUCGACUUUUUUGAAUUUGUUGGUUUCAAAUGUCCUGAGAGAAAAGGUGCAGCUGACUUUCUUCAAGAAGUAACUUCAAAGAAGGAUCAAGAACAGUAUUGGUUCCACAGAGAAAAACCAUACAGAUUUGUAACAGUUACUCAAUUCGCCGAGACAUUUCAAUCAUACCAUGUUGGAAGGAAAAUAGGAGACAAGCUCGCAAUUCCAUUCGACAAGUCUAAGAAUCAUCCAGCAGCAUUAACCACUGAAAAGUAUGGUGUUAACAAGAAGGAACUACUAAAAGCUAACUUCUCAAGAGAGUAUUUGCUCAUGAUAUCAUAUGAUGCAGAGGAUAUCAAAAGCUGGUGGAUUUGGGGUUACUGGAUUUCACCUUUGAUGUAUGGACAAAAUGCUAUAAUGGUGAAUGAAUUCCUCGGAGAUAGUUGGAACCAUUUUACACCAAAUUCGAAUAAAACACUAGGAAUUCAAGUUUUGGAAUCUCGCGGAUUCUUCACAGACGCAUAUUGGUAUUGGAUAGGGGUUGGUGCAUUAGUAGGAUUUAUGUUUCUUUAUAACAUUAUAUUCACCGUGGCUCUCACGCAUCUCAAUCCAUUUGAUAAGGCACAAGCAACUAUAAAUGAAGAAUCAGAAGACAGCACAACAAAUGGCACACACCAAGAAGUUGAAUUACCGCGUAUAGUUGUUAUGCAGCAAGUUCAGGAGAAUCCUCUAGCCGCAGACAGAAAAGAGGAAUGGUUCUUCCUUUCGAACCACAUUCGAGAGGAAUGGCUUCGCUUACCAGCCGAAGUUGAUUACAAUACAAGAAAGAUGUUCAUUGAGGAAGUAAUGGAACUAGUGGAGCUCAAUCCAUUGAGAAACUCUUUGGUUGGUUUGCCUGGCGUGAACGGUCUUUCAACCGAACAACGUAAGAGGCUAACUAUAGCAGUUGAGUUAGUUGCCAACCCUUCCAUAAUUUUCAUGGAUGAGCCUACAUCUGGUUUAGAUGCUAGAGCUGCUGCAAUUGUUAUGCGAACCGUUAGAAACACAGUUGACACAGGAAGAACAGUUGUUUGCACCAUUCAUCAACCAAGUAUCGACAUAUUCGAAGCUUUUGACGAGUUAUUCCUGAUGAAGCGCGGAGGACAAGAAGUAUACGUUGGGCCGUUGGGUCGUCAUUCGAGUCAACUGAUCAAGUAUUUUGAGAGCAUUGAAGGGGUUAGUAAAAUCAAAGAUGGCUAUAAUCCAGCAACAUGGAUGUUGGAAGUUACGAGUUCGGCGCAAGAACUUACUUUAGGUGUUGAUUUUAAUGAUACAUACAAAAACUCUGAGUUGUUUAGGAGAAACAAGCAACUUAUAGAAGAAUUAGGCAAACCUGCUUAUGGUUCAAAGGAUCUUCAUUUCUCCACCCAAUACUCACAGUCAUUUUCGGUCCAAUGCUUGGCUUGCUUAUGGAAACAACAUUGGUCGUAUUGGCGCAAUCCGCCAUAUACUGCUGUGAGGUUCUUCUUCACUACUUUCAUAGGCUUGAUGUUUGGAACAAUAUUCUGGGAUCUUGGCAGGAAAUACUCAAAUAGACAAGAUCUGUUUAAUGCGUUCGGUUCGAUGUAUACUGCUGUUCUCUUCCUUGGGGUCCAGAAUUCAUCGGCUGUACAACCCGUGGGCAUGUCCUGUGGCUUGGACUAUAUAUGGAUUGAUAGCAUCACAAUUUGGAGAUAUAAACAUCAUGAUGGAAUCAGAAAAUGAAACAGUUCAAGAAUUCAUAACAAGUUACUUUGGUAUCAAGCAUGAUUUCAUAGGUGUUUGUGCAGCUGUUGUUGUUGGGACAGGAGUGCUCUUUGCAUGUAUUUUUGCUGUCUCAAUCAAACUCUUCAACUUCCAAAGACGGUAGAUUAGGCGCCAAUUUUGAUGGAUUCUCUUCACUUUCAAAUUUUUGUACAUGAUUACUAUGUAUAUUUAUACUCUUCUCGUUCAUUUUAAAUAUUAUCUAACGGAGAAUUUUUA